CUGUCAAAGCCUUCAUGAUAGCAGACUUACCAAAUGAAUUGAUAAAAUUGUUAGAGAAAAUAAUCCUGGAUGAUAACUCAGUCUUCAGUGAUCAUAGAAAUCUACAAAACUUGUUGAUCCUGACGGCCAUUAAAGCUGACCGUACCCGUGUUAUGGAAUACAUCAACAGACUAGAUAAGUAUGAUGCUCCUGAUAUAGCUAAUAUAGCUAUAAAUAAUGAACUGUUUGAGGAAGCUUUCGCCAUCUUUAAAAAAUUUGAUGUCAAUACAUAUGCUGUGCAGGUGUUGAUUGACCAUGUAAAGAACUUGGACAGAGCCUAUGAGUUUGCAGAGAGAUGUAACGAUCCAGCAGUAUGGAGUCUUCUGGGACAUGCACAGUUAGAUGCUAACAUGGUGAAGGAUGCUAUAGAUUCCUUUAUCAAAGCUGAUGACCCAACUAAUUACAUGAACGUAGUUAAAGUAGCCAGUAAAAAUAAUAGCUGGGAAGAUUUAGUCAAGUUCUUACAGAUGGCUCGUAAAAAAGCGAGAGAAAAAUUCAUAGAAACAGAAUUGAUAUAUGCCUAUGCAAAGACAAACCGAUUGGCAGAGUUAGAGGAAUUCAUAUCUGGUCCUAACCAAGCCAAUAUCACACAGGUAGCAGACAGAUGUUUUGAUGACAAGAUGUUUGAGUCUGCUAAGCUUCUAUACAAUAAUGUAUCUAACUAUGACAAACUGGCUAUUACCCUAGUCCACCUUAAAGAAAACCAAGCUGCAGUUGAUGGAGCCAGGAAAGCUAAUAGUACAAGAACUUGGAAAGAAGGUCCCAAUGGUAAACCUCUGACUGGACAAGGAGCAACUAGUGGAGAACCACAAGAGGAAGACUUGAGCAUGGAUACUGAUCAUUUUGAUGAGAUGUAUGAGCAUGGGUUUGAAGAAGAGAUGGAAGAUUUUAGGAAGUCAGUCACCUUAAGUUUAAUUUGGAUGAAUCAUGAUUAUUUUGACUCAAAGAUUUUGUCAAAGGCACAAGGCGAAUACAAAUAUUACAAGACUUUGGAAAGGCAAUGGAAGCAACAGAAAAAAGGAGAAGUACCGGAUGGAACCGUAGCCCAGUUUAAAGAAUUGCCGAAAACCAGACCUAUUUAUGCAGUUAUUACUACAAUACUGGAUCAGGCAAGGAAAACUGAACAUGCAAAGGCUGCAGCAGGGGAAUAUGUUAAACUUAGGAACAUAGAACAUAAAAUGGCACAAAAGCAGACUCCGAAAGAUAUUGAUUUAGAUGAUAGAGAUGAGAAUUCUUCACUUAAAAAGAUGGCUGAAAGAUACAGAAUGCCUAGCAGUCGUUCCUUCAGACAGGCAGCAGAAUUUAAAAUGGUUCCUUUGGAAGAAUACAAACAACUGAGAGGAACAAUAGAACAUCAAAGAAACCAGAAUUCAGAAUUAAGCAGCAGGUUGAGUGGAAUCACAAGCCAGCAAAUAGCAGAUGGAGAAAUAUUUACGGAAAUUGGAGACCAAAAUAAACCAAGACAGCUUGGUCAGAGAUUCUCUGAGGUGUUUGAGGAUACAUGGUCAAAUGCUUAUGAAGUACUGAAACCAAAAAAACCUGAAAGUAAGAAAGAGGACGAGAAGGAAGAAAUGGAUGAGAAAACAGUUGAUAUCUUACAAAAUGUUGUAAAGGCCAUUUAUGAAUUCUGCAAGAAGGUUGCUGAUAAUCAGGUUAAUAAACUCAUGAUUGGAAUGACUCCACCCAUAUUUGAUCCAAUGAAUACAAAGAAAGAGCAAAAAACAGAAGAUAAAGAAACAAUCGCAAAAACAGAAAAAAUGGCUCAAGACUACAGAAAAGCUGUUGCCCCAGCUACCCUUCCUAUCCUCAAACAGAAUGUUCUUACACAAGAGUUGCAAGGUAAGGUACUACCUGCAGACAUAUCUAUAGGCAAAGAACUAACGGAGUAUGUUGAUAACUGUGUAAAUCUAAUUUGGUACAUGUGUAUGCAACAACCACCAAUGGAAAUCGUCUGGGGAAAACCGGGUGAAAAGUUCAAUAAGGAAAUGUUCCGCUUCUCAGGAAAGAAAGGAACAAAGUUUAGGCUUACAGUUUGGCCUGCAGUUUUAUAUCAUAAAGAGGGAGCUUUAGCUGCACCAGGUUAUGCAGUUCCAGAAUAAAUAAAGAACAAUAAAAUGAAUUCAGUCGUUAAGAUACAAUUGUUGUGAUUAUAUAUGUAUUUUAUUAUUAUAAUUUCAAGGGAUAAUAAAACAUUUGUAUAGUUUA